AUGGUGUUGUACGAUGCCCAUUGUCACUUGUCGCCGUUUGUGAAGACAGAAACGGUUGCUCGCCUUUGUGAGAAUCUCAAUAACAUUUACGGUGGUCAUGACUCUCGAGAUUUCAACCUUAUGUCCACAAAUAAAUGGGAUUUGGAGUACGUGUCAGAGAUAGCCAGUAAGACCAAGGUGGUGAUGCCAUGUUUCGGAAUACAUCCCUGGUACUCUCAUUUGUUCACGGACAAAGACUACAGUUCUUUCAGCGAUCCCGAGGAGAUCAAAAGAGUCCAUUACAACAAUAUUUUGACAGGCAGUGAGGUUCCGCAGGAUCUCCUCGAUGUGCUGCCUGUUCCAGAGUACUUCCCCAAACAGUUGGAACGCAUCAGGGAGGUGGUGCUCAAACACUCUCAAUUCAUGAUAGGAGAAAUAGGUCUUGACAAGCUAUUCAGAGUACCGUGGACCGGAUAUUUAGGACAUGAUGUCAAGGUUUCAGAUAAAGGCACCAGCUUCACAAAGUGCUACGUGAAGAUGACUCACCAGAAGUACAUUUUUGUGGAAUUGCUUCUACUAGCUGUGGAAUUAAACGUGCCGGUUUCUGUUCACUGUGUGAAAGCACAUGGUUUGCUAUUUGACACUGUGAAGGAGCAUUGCGGGGACAAAAUAAAGAUAAGUCUUCAUUCUUAUUCAGGCUCUGUGGACCAGGCCAACCAGUGGAGAAAAAUGUUUCCAAACAGAGUAUAUUUUUCGUUAUCUAAAGCGAUAAAUCUUGACGGGACUCGGGACCCGAACUCAGACGAUGACAAGAAGUACACGAAGUUCCAUCAAAUCGUGGAUUCGAUGUCGAAAGAUACUCUGUUGAUGGAAACGGAUAUGUCUUUAGACACGUACUACUGUGGAGACGAAGAGACAACCCCAAACCAGCUAUUGCAUCAAUCUGACCUGGAGGUCAUGCAAAAGGCGCUCGAAACUCGAUUAGGCACUGACGCCGAUUUACUGGCGAACUGGAGACGUUUCUUAGAAUAA